GCUACAUCCCUGGCCCUGUGCUUCCUUUUUUCCACCCUCUUCAACAUCCAGUACUUAUGUACAGUCACUAGCACAUUUAUGAGUAGCUGACGUGCUUACUAUAUUGUUAGGUCUUGCUGGUAUUAGAAAACAAUAAUGAAUAAAAUAUUGAGACUUAGGGUUUAGAGCAGUUUAUUAGAAAAUACCACAAUUUAAUAAAGGGUAAAAUAAAGGUUUUGGUAAAGUGCUAAGAAUAUGACUGAAGGAGCAGUUACCUCGGAAGGACAUUUGAAGAUGAGCUUUGAUCCAAACCUUCUCCACAACAAUGGACAUAAUGGGUACCCCAAUGGUACUUCAGCAGCGCUUCGUGAAACUGGGGUUAUUGAAAAACUGUUAACCUCUUAUGGAUUUAUUCAGUGUUCAGAACGUCAAGCUAGACUUUUCUUCCACUGUUCACAAUACAAUGGCAACCUGCAGGACUUAAAAGUAGGAGAUGAUGUUGAAUUCGAAGUUUCAUCUGACCGGCGGACUGGCAAACCAAUUGCUAUUAAACUAGUGAAGAUAAAACCAGAAAUCCACCCUGAAGAACGAAUGAAUGGACAAGUUGUGUGCGCUGUUCCUCACAACUUAGAGAGUAAAUCUCCAGCUGCCCCCGGUCAGAGUCCAACAGGGAGUGUAUGCUACGAACGUAAUGGGGAAGUGUUUUACCUGACUUACACCCCUGAAGAUGUUGAAGGGAAUGUUCAGCUGGAAACCGGAGAUAAAAUAAAUUUUGUAAUUGAUAACAAUAAACAUACUGGUGCUGUAAGUGCUCGUAACAUUAUGCUGUUGAAAAAGAAACAAGCCCGCUGUCAGGGGGUAGUUUGUGCCAUGAAGGAGGCAUUUGGCUUUAUUGAAAGAGGCGAUGUGGUAAAAGAGAUAUUCUUCCACUACAGUGAGUUUAAAGGUGACCUGGAAACCUUGCAACCUGGAGAUGAUGUGGAAUUCACAAUCAAGGACAGAAAUGGUAAAGAAGUUGCAACAGAUGUCAGAUUAUUGCCUCAAGGAACAGUCAUUUUUGAAGAUAUCAGCAUUGAACAUUUUGAGGGAACUGUAACCAAAGUUAUCCCAAAAGUACCCAGUAAAAACCAGAAUGACCCACUGCCAGGACGAAUCAAGGUUGAUUUUGUGAUUCCUAAAGAACUUCCUUUUGGAGAUAAAGAUACAAAAUCCAAGGUGACCCUGCUGGAAGGUGACCAUGUUAGAUUUAAUAUUUCAACAGACCGACGUGACAAAUUAGAACGAGCAACCAACAUAGAAGUUCUAUCAAAUACAUUUCAGUUCACUAAUGAAGCCAGAGAAAUGGGUGUAAUCGCUGCCAUGAGAGAUGGGUUUGGUUUCAUCAAGUGUGUGGAUCGGGAUGCUCGUAUGUUCUUCCACUUCAGUGAAAUUCUGGAUGGGAACCAGCUUCAUAUUGCAGAUGAAGUAGAGUUUACUGUGGUUCCUGAUAUGCUCUCUGCCCAAAGAAAUCAUGCUAUUAGGAUUAAAAAACUUCCCAAGGGCACAGUUUCAUUCCAUUCUCAUUCAGAUCAUCGUUUUCUGGGCACUGUAGAAAAAGAAGCCACUUUUUCCAAUCCUAAAACCACUAGCCCUAACAAAGCCAAGGAGAAGGAAGCUGAGGAUGGCAUUAUUGCUUAUGAUGAUUGUGGAGUGAAACUGACUAUUGCUUUUCAAGCCAAGGAUGUGGAAGGUUCUACUUCUCCUCAGAUAGGAGAUAAGGUUGAAUUUAGUAUUAGUGACAAACAGAGGCCUGGGCAGCAAGUUGCAACCUGUGUGCGACUUUUAGGUCGUAAUUCCAAUUCCAAGAGGCUCUUGGGUUAUGUGGCAACUCUGAAAGAUAAUUUUGGAUUUAUUGAAACAGCCAAUCAUGAUAAGGAAAUUGGUGAUGUUGAUAGCCUGGAACUGGGGGACAUGGUUGAGUACAGCUUGUCCAAAGGCAAAGGCAACAAAGUCAGCGCUGAAAAAGUAAACAAAACUCACUCAGUGAAUGGUAUUACUGAGGAAGCUGAUCCUACCAUCUACUCUGGUAAAGUCAUUCGUCCUCUGAGGAGUGUUGAUCCAACACAGACUGAGUAUCAAGGAAUGAUUGAGAUUGUGGAAGAGGUUUGGCUUCAUUAACUAUGAAGUAGGAGAUAGCAAGAAGCUCUUUUUCCAUGUGAAAGAAGUUCAGGAUGGCAUUGAGCUACAGGCAGGAGACGAGGUGGAGUUCUCAGUGAUUCUUAACCAGCGCACUGGCAAGUGCAGUGCCUGUAAUGUUUGGCGAGUCUGCGAGGGCCCCAAGGCUGUUGCAGCCCCUCGACCUGAUCGGUUGGUCAAUCGCUUGAAGAACAUCACUGUGGAUGAUGCCAGUGCUCCUCGCUUAAUGGUUCUUCGUCAGCCAAGGGGACCAGAUAACUCAAUGGGAUUUGGUGCAGAAAGAAAGAUCCGUCAAGCUGGUGUCAUUGACUAACUACAUCCACAAAGCACAUCCUUAAUCCACUAUGAUCAAGCUGGGGGGAUUCUGGUGAAGGGUUCUGAAUAUCUCCCUCUUCAUCCCUCCCAAAAUCUGGAAAACUUAUUCUAUUGACCUAUUACACCAGUUUUAACACCUUCCUCGUGUUAUGUUUAAAAAAGUAAAUAAAUUUAAGAAACCAUUUUAAAAUUAUGCACAGUUGCAACCUGGAGAACUUAAGGUGGCGCCUUAUAGUAUCACUUUUAGGAGCUUUAUUUGGUGCAUUUAACGCAACUGGUAAUCGCAAAAUCCACUUUGCCUGUUUAAGUGAAAAUAGACUGUUACCUGUUGGCCCUGUGAAAUUCUGCACUGGAUGAUUUAGUGUAUACUUUACCUUCAUUACUCCUGGCAAGGUGUUCUGCCUUAGCAAUCAGUUGCAUUCUUUUUCUUUUCUUUCCAGUUCUUAUGCUUUAAUUCUGAGGACCAUAGGAGGGUAGAAUAUAUUACAUUUUUAAAAUUACAAAAAUUUGUAUAGGCAGACCAUUUUCUUAAGUUGAUGGCCAAAUGUUAAAAUGUUCUUUUUCCUAUCAUUUAUAAUCUUGUCACAAUACACUUAACUAAGUUUGGUUAGAUUUCAGUGAAAAUUAUCUUCCAGAGUAGUUUUCCCCCCUGGGAUGGGGUUAAUAACUUUACAGUUAUAUAUGUAUGGUGCAGAAUUUCAUCCAAAUGAAGUGUGCCAGGAGUGUGAUAAUUUAAUCGUAUUUAAAGAAAAAAAGACGAAUGCACAAAUUUGCUGCUGCUUAGAUCACUGCAGCUUCUAGGACCCAGUUUCUUUUACUGAUUUAAAAACAACAAAAAAAAUAAUAAUAAAAAAAAAGUUGUGCCUGAAAUGAAUCUUGUUUUUUUUAUAAGUAGCCGCCUGGUUCCUGUGUCCUGUUGAAUACAGGCGCCUGACCCUUGGUGCAGCUUUUGUUCAACUUUGUAUCACGGGAAUGGAUUGGUCUGAUUCCUUGGCCCUCAUCUUGAAUUGGCUACAUACAGGGUCCGUGGCCAGUGGACUGAAGGCUUUGUUUUAAGAUGACAAGGGUCAGCUCAGGGUAUGCGGGGGAGGGCGCUUUUAUCUUCCCCGUUUGAGGUUUUGAACUCUGGGUAAAGCGGCCAUUUAUCUUUGUAAACACAAAACAUUCUUGCUUUCUCCAGUUUUCUGUUAAUGGCGAAAGAAUGGAAGCGAAUAAAGUUUUACUGAUUUUUGAGACACUA